AUGUUGGGUCUAUCUCAAGCACUCUUGUUGGCGGUGUACGCUGGAGUAGCUUGCGCAAAGACUGUCACUUAUGACUUCGAGGUCGGCUACGUGACUGCUGCGCCUGAUGGCUUCGAGAGACAGGUCAUUGGUAUCAAUGGAGAGUGGCCUAUUCCUACUAUAGAAUGCGAUGAAGGUGAUACCGUUCAGGUGACGGUCCACAACAGCCUUCCGGAUCAAACAACGGCGCUCCAUUUCCACGGAAUAUGGCAAAAGGGGACGCAAAACUACGACGGCCCUAGUGGAGUUACGCAGUGCCCCAUUCAGCCUGGAUCAUCUUUCACCUACACCUUUAUCGCGAAUCCUGCUGGCACUCACUGGUACCAUGCGCACGAAAAGGGCCAAUAUCCCGAUGGUCUGCGCGGCAAGAUGAUUGUUCACGAUAGGGCUUGGGAGGAGAGCUUGAACAUCGAUAAGCAGGUAUACCUUUCCAUGUCGGACUGGUACCACCGCCCCAUGCCUGAGAUGAUCGAGGCGUACAUGAGCCCUGACAACACGAAUGCCAACUUCGACUCACCCGACUCUUUCCUCUUCAACGAUGCAGCCAAGCCUUUUGACCUCAAGAUCGCCAAGAACAAAAGGUACCUUCUUCGUAUCGUCAACACCGCCGCUGUCGCAUGCGCUCGCUUCCACAUUGCAAACUACACGCUGAGCGUAGUCGAGAUUGACGGUGUCCAAACGCAGCCCCAGGAGGCAGAGACGAUCAUCAUCUGCGCCGGCCAGAGCUAUGGCGUAAUUGUGCAAGGAAAGAAAGACCCCAAAGGAUCCUCCAACUGGAUUGCGCAGAUGAUGACAGAUAUGUUGACCAACGGCGCCCCCUCAGAAGAGGAACGAACGAUCAUUGGAGAAGUAGUCUACGACGACAUCUUUGACGAACUAGAUGAUAUCAUCGAUAGCAUCUCCGAUGAAAUUGACGGCAUCCUCAACGACGAGUGGACGCCGCCACCACAAACCAUCCUCAACGACUUCACCAUGAAGCCGCUUGAUGGUCAGCGACUUAUGGGCCCCGUCGAUAACCACAUCGAGUUCACCACCAACCAGACUUACUUCGAGGGCGUCGGUACCCGCACACCUCUCAACGCUCAGCCAUGGGUCCCACCUCAAGUACCUACCCUCUACACUGCUCUGACAACCGGCAGCAUGGACCCCGCAACCUACGGCCCCGGUAUCAACCCCUGGGUCAUCAAGUCCGGUGAAAUCGUCCAGAUCGUCAUGCACAACCCGCACAUGUACCCCCACCCCAUGCAUCUCCACGGCCACGUCUUCCAAGUUGUGGCCACGGGCCUCGGUUUCUGGAACGGCGAUGAAAGCUCGCUUCCCAGCGUACCUCUCAAGCGCGAUGGUUUCGUCGUACCGGCUUUCGGCUACGCAGUCAUCCGCUUCAAGGCUGAUAACCCGGGUGUGUGGUUCUUCCAUUGCCACAUCGAUUUCCAUCUUGUUGGCGGUAUGGCUGCUACUAUCAUCGAGUCGCCCAAUCUCCUCAAGGGUUCCGUACCCGCCGCUGGUGUUGCGCUCUGCGACGCAGGCAAGAGGAAGUCGAGCGGUAACUGCGCUGGUGAGAAGGGUGAGAUCUCCGCGGCGGACGCGAGCACCAAGUGCAACAACGUAUACAACACCCGUGUUCGUGGUGCGACGAUCGAGCAGAAAUAG